CACUGCUUUAUCUGUCAGAGGGAACCGGCUGCUCUGUCAAAUGAGACAAGCCCCGUGGAUGUGGGUCUCUCUGACAACAGCGCCCAGAAGUUUGCAUCUCAGAGUGGCUGCGUGCGCCUUGCCCGGCUUGAGGUUUUCUCCAAGAUUACUUGGUUGCACACCCUCCACUACCAAGGAGGUAUCCUUCCUUCCUCCCUCCCUCCCUCCCUCUCUCCUUCUUUCUCAUUCUCUUCCAUGCACAUUCAUUUCUCUUCACUUGCAAGCUCACACCCACCACUCCACCACUUGCCCUUUUGUCCUGGAUUGUGUGGACACACAACAAGGAGGUCAACAGCUACCUUCGAAUGAUGGGCAGCAAAACUUUCCUCAAGCUUCAUUGUCCCAGGAUGGCUUGACUCACCCAGUGCGAAGCUUGGACUUGCCCAUCUGUCUGUGGAUCCUGAAGAGGAAGCCUUUCAGGUGAAGCCAAAGCCUGCGGCCACCACAUCUGCCCAUGGGGGAGCGCUCGUCUCAAUAUGAGCUGAUGUUUGAAGGACGUGGCCUCACUUGCAGAGCAGCGUCAACUUUGCAAACCCAAACCCACAGGACUUGUCAAUCUUCUUGACUGGCUCUUGGCUGAGGAUUCUCUGCAUCCAUUGUGAGAGACCAAAAAGUCAAGCAAGGAUCUCCUCUGAAAGGGUUGCAAAGAGAUUGCAAAGAAGGAGGAAUGAAGAGUCUCAUGGAGGUGCUGCCUGGAAGGGACCUCUUCUGCUCGGGAUAGUAGGAAAUAGUCAAACCCAUGAGUGAAGAAGGCAAGCCGUUCUGCUCCAGUUGCACUCGCAAAGGAGCCCAUUAAAUUCCAGGACGGACAAGUCCUUGCUCCGGACAUCCAAACCUCUUCUGUCCCUUCAGUGCUGGAGUUUCCCGGUCCUGUUUGCAGUGUGGGCAGCCCCUUGGCUGGAGAAACUGAGAGUUGGUGCAUGCUGGAAGGGGAGGCUGGCAGUUGGAGAGAAGAUCAAGGCGUGAGAUGCUUGGGACCAAUGGGACCAUCCUGUGCUCCAAAAGAUGCUAGCGGCACCGGGCAGCAGGGCUGGCCCAGUCGGGUGCACCCACUUCCUUGCACUUUGAAGGAGAUGGAUGCCUUCUGCUUCCCCUGCUUCCAGAAAGAGGAGCUCCAGCCAUUGCAACUGAACAGUGUGACAAUGAGUGCUGGCUCCAUUGAGCAGGAGCCUUCCCGCAAGCUGGCCUGCUGCGGAGUGCCCCUCAUCACGGAAGACAUGCAGUCGCUGGCCAUCCGCACACUCUCCGGUACGGACAUCAACAAACAUUAUGACCUCAUCCGUGAGCUGGGAAAAGGGACCUAUGGCAAGGUGGACCUUGUCUCCCACAAGAGCACAGGUACCAAGAUGGCCCUGAAGUUUGUCAACAAGAAUAAGACCAAAUUGAAGAACUUUCUGAGAGAGUUCAGCAUUACCAAUACACUGUCUUCAAGUCCCUUCAUCAUCAAGGUCUUUGAUGUGGUCUUUGAGACAGAAGACUGCUAUGUCUUUGCCCAGGAAUAUGCGCCCGGUGGAGACCUCUUUGACAUCAUCCCUCCACAGGUGGGGCUUCCGGAGGACAUGGUGAAGCGCUGCGUGCAGCAGCUGGGCCUGGCACUUGAUUAUAUGCACAGUAAAAACCUCGUGCAUCGGGACAUCAAGCCAGAAAACGUGCUCCUCUUUGACCGUGACUGUCGGCGAGUCAAGCUGGCCGAUUUCGGCAUGACACGCAAAGUGGGCUGCCGUGUAAAGCGCAUCAGCGGGACCAUCCCUUAUACAGCCCCUGAGGUGUGCCAGGCUGGGCGGGCCGAGGGCUUCACCGUGGACACAAGCAUAGAUGUGUGGGCCUUCGGGGUACUCAUCUUCUGUGUGCUGACGGGCAACUUCCCCUGGGAGGCGGCCUCAGCCUCGGACACCUUCUUCGAGGAGUUCGUGAGGUGGCAGAAGGGGCGCCUGGCUGGGCUGCCCUCCCAGUGGCGCCGCUUCACGGACAAUGCACUGCGCAUGUUCCAGCGGCUGCUGGCCCUCGACCCCGAGAAGCGCUGCCCUGUGAAGGAGGUCUUCUUCUUCAUCAAGUACGACCUGAUGUCGGAGGUUCGCCGCCGGCCCUCCUAUCGUUCCCGUAAGCACACUGGGGACAAGCUCUCUGCAGGGCCUCAUCGCCAUGAGACACCCAGCACCUGCACCCCGACCCCGCUGAAGAGGACCAUCCUCACGGAGGGCAGCAUGUCCCGUCUGUCCGGCUCAGACCCUGGCCUGCCUUCCCCGGGGAGCGGGGGCAGGACUGAUGGGCGGCCGGACAAGGGAAAAGGCCAAAUGGUGCUGGCCACGGCCAUCGAGAUCUGCGUCUGACUGGCGAGGGCCACAUGGCUUCCUCAGUGCCUCCCAACCUGCAGCUGAGACGUCAGUGAUGCUGCAGGGCCCUCUCCUGCCCUGGACUGCGCGCAGAAUAAUUGUUUUCUAAAAAUCAUCCCCAAAGGGACCGGAAUCUGUAUCUUUUGAAGCAAAAAAAAAAAAAAAAAGGGGGGGGG